ACUUAAUUACAUAGGCUGUUCAAACAGACUGUUGUGAGGUGUGAGUUAGCUUACUUCCCUGACUCAAACGAGGCUGGACCAGCAUUUGAUUCAAUCUUUACGCAUAGGGUUGGAAAUGGUGAUAUGUCCACAGGAGGGCGCUACGCCCUUAUGUGUGGACAUCAAACGUGUUCAGGGAGGUAGUCUCCUGAACCUUAAAAUAAACAAUCAAGAGAUUUAUGGUCUUUAAAUACUGCACAAAAUGUCAGGUCCUUAAUAGGCUACAUUCAGUGUCUGUCGUCCUUAAAAAAAAAAAUACAACUAAUUAUAUUCCAAAUAUUCAUAUUAAGAAGAAACAGUGUCUUGUCCAUGUAUCUUUUCUUGUUCUUUCAUUUACCAACUUCAUGGUUUCGUACAUAUCGCUAUCCUUACAGUUUUUCGUCUCAUCUCCUGUAGAGGGAGUCCCUUGGAAAACUGAUAGGAGGGGCUAUCCUUACACAUCGGCAGACAGCUGUUACAAGGAACAGGGGGAAGCUCUGUUCACACGGAGCCCAAUCUGGGCCGACCUAACGUGCAACUUCACUGUUUUAUUUUGGAUCCGAGGCUGCAUCGAACAACUACACAACAUACCGGACAAUCAAACCACCAUUAACUUUAAACGAGUAUUUCGUUCGCAUUUGUUCGUUGUGGACCGAUCUGAAAGCGCAACAGCGAGGCUCUCAAUAGGCGGAUAGGAUCGUGCCAGGAGAAGGUGUAUUCAACGCACAAGCAGCACUAAGGAGGCUGCGAGUGGGACUCGGCGCUGGAUGAGCACGGCCUUACGCUCCCCAGCGGCCUGCCAUGGGGGAGACCAAAAUCAUCUACCACCUCGAUGAUCAGGAAACUCCCUACCUGGUCAAAUUGCCUAUUCCAGCGGAUAGGGUCACCCUCGCGGACUUCAAAAAUGUCCUCAAUAAACCCAACUACAAAUUUUUCUUCAAGUCUAUGGAUGAUGACUUCGGGGUCGUGAAGGAGGAAAUUUCAGAUGACAAUGCCAAACUGCCAUGUUUCAACGGCCGUGUGGUAUCAUGGCUGGUGUCUGCAGACGGCUCCCACUCAGAUGGGGGUUCAGUGUGUGCAGACAGUCAAGCUGAGCUGCCACCCCCCAUUGAGAGGACAGGGGGCAUCGGAGACUCCAGACCACCCUCCUUCCAUGCGAACGCUGCAGGCAGCCAGGACAACCUCGAUAACGACACGGAAACAGACUCCGCAGCGCCUCCGCGCAGAGACAGAGAAAGAGACAAAGACAAAGAGAGGGAGAGAGACCGGGAGAGGGAGAGACCACGGAGGAAAGACCCCCACGACCAUGGUGGAAGGCUGAAUGGCCACUCUCGACUGGAGCGCAGGCCAGAGCUGGCGGGCUAUGAGAGCUCCUCCACCCUCAUGAGCAGUGAGCUGGACACCACCAGCUUCUUCGACUCCGAGGAAGAUGACUCUGCCAGCAGGUUCAGUAGCUCAACAGAGCAGAGCACAUCCUCAAGACUGAUGAGACGACAUCGCCGUCGCCGACGGAAACCAAAGGCACCACAAAUGGAGAGGUCAUCAUCGUUCAGCAGCAUCACAGACUCCACCAUGUCACUGAACAUAAUCACUGUCACGUUAAACAUGGAGAAGUAUAACUUCCUGGGCAUCAGUAUAGUGGGCCAGAGCAACGAGAGGGGGGAUGGUGGCAUCUACAUCGGCUCCAUCAUGAAGGGUGGAGCAGUGGCCGCUGAUGGGAGAAUAGAACCUGGUGAUAUGCUGCUCCAGGUGAAUGACAUCAACUUUGAGAACAUGAACAACGAUGACGCCGUGAGGGUGCUGAGGGAAAUAGUACACAAACCUGGUCCCAUAACGCUAACUGUCGCCAAAUGCUGGGAUCCCAAUCCACGAGGCUGCUUCACCUUGCCCAGAGGUGAGCCGAUCCGUCCCAUAGACCCGGCUGCGUGGGUGUCCCACACGGCGGCGCUGACGGGGGCGUAUCCGGUGUACGGUAUGAGCCCUUCCAUGAGCACAAUCACCUCCACAAGCUCCUCCAUCACCAGCUCCAUUCCAGAGACCGAGCGGUUCGACGACUUCCACCUGUCCAUUCAUAGCGACAUGGGGACGGUUGCCAAGGCAAUGGCGUCCCCUGAGUCUGGACUGGAGGUGCGGGAUAGGAUGUGGCUGAAGAUCACAAUCCCCAACGCCUUCAUAGGUUCUGAUGUAGUUGACUGGUUAUACCAUCACAUUGAGGGCUUCACGGACCGCCGAGAGGCACGCAAGUACGCCAGCAACCUCCUGAAGGCUGGCUACAUCCGCCACACUGUCAACAAGAUUACUUUCUCUGAGCAGUGUUACUACAUCUUCGGUGACUUAUGUGGCAACAUGGCCAAUCUCUCCUUACACGACCAUGAUGGCUCUAGUGGUGCGUCCGAUCAGGACACCCUAGCCCCCCUGCCCCACCCAGGAGCUGCCCCGUGGCCCUUGGCAUUCCCCUACCAGUACCCCGUCCCUCACCCCUACAACCCCCAUCCUGUGCAUGAGCCGCCCGGCAGCUACACUGGAGGGGGUGGUAGCGCAGGCAGCCAGCCCAGUGAAGGGAGUCGUAGUAGUGGCUCAAACCGCAGUGGUGGCAAGAAAGAAGCUGGAGCAGCUGCAGCUGCAGCAGUAGGAGGCAGCGGCGGUGGUGGUGGCGGUGACUCAAAGUCAGGAGGGAGUGGCAGCGAGACGGAGCUAAGGCGAGAGAAGGCCCCUAGCGAACGCUCUUCGGCACCCCCUAGUGAGCGCAGUGUGCACAGCACCCACAGCCUGCGCAGCAUGCACUCAGCGGCGUACGGACCGCCUGGCCUGCCCCCGCAGCCCCAGGCCCCCACCCCCGUCCCCAUGGCACCGCCGGGCUCCCCCCCAGGCCGCGACCUGGCCACGGUGCCCCCCGAACUCACGGCCUCGCGCCAGUCCUUCCGCAUGGCCAUGGGAAACCCCAGUGAGUUCUUCGUGGACGUCAUGUGACCUGAGGACAGCAGCAGGUGAAUCCUGAGUCUAGCACGUUCAGGACACUGUCAACCCCCAGGAAAAAGAGAAAGCAUGAAAGGAGAGAUGAAGGACAACGGGGAGGGAUUUAGAGGGACAGGGAGUGAUUGUGUUGUAGGUGUGUAGUGGUGUAUGUAUGUGUGUGUGUGUGUGUGUGUGUGUGUGUGUGUCUGAGAAAGAAAGAGACAAGAGUGAGUGUGUGUCCUGUCAUGUGGCUCUCUCCCGUCUGUCUCUCUUGUCGAGUGUCUCAUACUUUCUUCAGUGAAGAAGAUGCAGUGCUCUUUCCUGACUUCCCUCAAAAAGAAAAGCUCUUUUUUAUUCCUGUUUCUUUCUGCUUUGGUUGAAGGAGAGGUUGCAGAUGAGUGAGGGUGGGUGAAGCGGAAUGAGAGGUGAAAGGUUUUUAUUUUCCUAACCCUCUUUGUUUCCUUUGUGUUUCUAUUCAUGUCUUCCUGUUACUCUUCCCAUCAGCACUUGCCUCAUCUAUUGUUUUCUCUCAUCUAAAUCCUAAAGUCGAUAGAGGGGAUAGAGAGGAAGGUCAGAAGGAAAGAACAGGCCGAGCUUGUGGGCCCUGUGUGGUCUCCACUUCUCAGCAUGUCCAAACGAAGCUUUGCAUCUCUGCAACACGUUUAGAAAGAGACACUAACAUGAAGAAAAGCUGAGAUGUGUUUUAUAUUUGCCUGUUGUUUUACUUCAAUUUUGUAGUUUUGUUUCGGAAUUCAAACAACUCAAGGACAUGGAGUGUGAGGUUGGGUGUAUAAAAACAUUAUACAUAAAUCAAAGGAUCCUCAGUAUGCAUUACUUUUAUCUGCCUUUUAACAAACAGCAAUGUAGACAAAACAAAGUAUAGUGUCAUCUUGUUUAUAGAUGCAAGAGUAUUGAAGGUACUACUUAAUAAGGCUUAACAUAUCUUGUGCUCUUAAAAUGCAGACUGUCUCCUAAAUCUAAAUCGUCUGCUUUAGUUCCCAUGGUAACGGGAGCUCUGAUGUCAUGUCUGGGGAAGUUACUAGCCAAUCAGAAAACUGGAAGGGGAACUCUACUGAAGAGGCACCUCAACAUAUAAGCCUAGAUGCAACUGCACAAUCCCAGUUCCCAGCAUAGAGCUGAUUCCAACACUCUCUCCUCUCCUCCCUGAGCAUUACCGUAUGAAAGACUUAAUUUAUCGUGUUUCUUUAACAUCUACAUUCUGUAUGCUAUACAACCUAACAUCUCAUUUUACUUCUGUAAACCCUCCCUUCCCCUUUGAAAUACAUUUAUCACAAGUUUUCCAUUUAUUAGAAACUGACAAUGUAUAGUGACAAAUGGUUCAAUUUAAUACUCACUGUACACUGUUUUAUGACAACAACAAACAAAAAAUUGUUUUUAUUUAUAAACAUAGUUUUAUUGCCUAAACUUGGAAA